AUUAUGUCUUACAUCACUAAUGAGUUUUGUCAUUUGUUAUUAGUGUCAUAUUUGUGUUUGAUUGACUACAGUUGUUGGAGUACCUCGGUAUAUAUUCGACAAUUGAAAGGCAAAAUAGUUGUGAAACGUUCGUCGAAGUAGCAUUCAAAUACGGUUAAUAAAAUGAAUAUAACCCCGCAACAAAGUCUAUUUGCCGGGGAUCAAGCUGUUAUUAAGAACGAAGAGACAAAAGUUGUUGGAAAGCCAAAUCAUCCAGAAGAACCAAAUGAGAUAGAAGUUCUGCUAGAGCAAAUAUCAGAGCUUGCAGGACAGCAUGACAGUCUGUCUGCGGUUAUAAACUUGCAAACUGAAGAUUUCCACCAUAGACUAGGAGAAAAAGAUAAACAACACCAACGUUUGCUGGCGCAUUUAAAUACACAAGAGGAAUUGCAUUUCCACGAAAUAAGUGAACUUCAGCAUCAGCUGGAAGCUAAGAACCAACAAUGCGUGGAACUUCAACAGAGCUUGGAGCGUCAGCGCAGCAUCCAGGAACAAAAUAAUUCUUGUUCCAUAUGCCUGGAUUGCUGGAAUUCAAGUGCGGGGCAUGCUCCAGUCUCACUUCGAUGUGGCCACCUUUUUGGCUAUAGCUGCAUUUGCUACUAUUUGCGACGUGCCCGUUAUUGUCCCCAAUGUCGCCGCCCGGCUGAGCCAUAUGAUAUACGUCCUAUUUUCUUGGGUUCCUAACCAAUCAUUUGUAUAUGGUUUUUUGAAAG